GUCAAGCAUUCGAAUAUCACCUUUAGAUGGUCAAACCUCAUUAACGUCCAAAAAUAGCAAAGAGACCUAGUUUCAUUCAAAACCAUAAUCCAACCAUAUUUGGCGGGAGAAAUGUUCUCUUCCACCCGUUUUUGAAAUUCAGUUACACCUUUCCUAUUAUAUAACUUCAACUCGCUCCCUUCUUUCCAUCAGGCCUCGUUUGGAAGACAUCCUCCUCCAUCUUUCCAACGACCUCAUACCUAAUAAUCCUCUUAUCUCUCUCUCUCUCUAUUACCUAAUAUCCAAAAAAACCCAGAAGCUCCAAAAUAAAAUAACCAUGAAUUCCUCUUCCUUCUCUCCUAUCUUCAUCUCCUUCCUCCUCCUCCUCUCCUCUGCUACUGCCUUCAACAUCACCAAAAUCCUCGAAGACCAAUCCGACUUCUCCACCUUCAACAGUCUCCUUAGCCAGACCCAUCUGGCAGCCGAAAUCAACAAGCGCCAGACAAUCACCAUACUCGCAGUCGACAAUGGUGCUAUCUCCGCCAUUUCAGGAAGCUCUCCUGAUGUCCAGAAGAACGUCUUGAGCGUCCACGUCAUCCUCGACUACUACGAUAUGCAGAAACUCCAUAAGCUAUCGAAGAAAUCCACGCUCCUCACAACCCUCUUCCAAUCAUCAGGUCUAGCAACCAACCAGCAAGGAUUCAUCAACAUCACAAACGACAAGUCCUCAGGCCAGAUUAGGAUGGGGUCUGCAGUUCCAGGGUCGGGUCUCAAUGCCAAUGUAAUGAAGAAAAUCGCCGCUCAGCCGUACAAUAUCUCAGUAUUACAGGUCAGCAGCAUCAUCUUCCCGACCGGAAUCGAUAACCCUAAUAAUACCCAGCCAAAGACUCCGGCCACUCCGCCUGCACCCACACCCAAGAAGGCGCCAGCACCAUCAAAGGCAUCAGCACCAGCAUCUGAUUCUCCAGCUGAUGCUCCUGAGUCCGAUGGGCCGACGGCUGAAACUCCUGAAGCUGAGACACCAGAAUCUGAUGGCCCAACUUCCGACAGCCCAUCGUCGUCACCACCUCUUCCGGUCAGUGAUGGACCUGAAUCUGAUGCCUCCAGCCCUGACGCUGACGGGCCUUCGGCUGACUCUUCUGAUGGUUCAGUCAUACGUGUUGCAGUUGGUGUUAUCGUGGGGAUGGUUUGCAUGGCUGUUCUGUGAUUUCAUGCACGUUCGAAAUGAGAGAAGAUGAAGAAUUAGAGAAGGAAUGAGAGAGUUUUAUGUGUUUGUAAUCUUGCAUGGGUUUCAGGGGCUUUUUCUAUUGAAUGAUGUGGGAUUGAUGGUAAGCUCCAGUACAAGAGCAUGUUCCUCUUUUUGAAUAUUUGCAAUUUAUAUAUUGCAUUCAAAUAAAAGGAAAAAAAAAUUUU